CGACCGUGGCUUCAGUCGUUUGCUGCACAAUGGCGCGAUCGGUUUGUGCUUGUUUCUUCUGCUGCCGCCGUCGUUUCUGAGCGGAGGGUCGGCCCAAAACGUUGGACCGUCCGUUGCGCGGGAUUCAAAUCUCUCUGCACAGUCUCCCUCGUUCGUAACCGCUCAGCUUUUCAGUUUCUCUUCGAGUGACCGACCAACCCGCGAUCCACCGCGACCGAAGAGAAACUUCGAUCGCGACACGAACAGCAAGGACCGUGAAGAGACAACUACCAGCCACCAUCCAGGUAGAGCAGCCAACAGGAAGCAGCCAGGUUUGAUCCGAGGCGCGCGCUAUUCGAAAAACCAAUACGCCCGGAACCAUCCGGGGAAUUCGCUUUUCGAGCAGACACGGCGGUUUAUCAACAACGUCUUUGGGGGGAAUUCGGUUGAUGACCGUUCUUCUCCAUACCAACCCCCCGUUCAGGAACGUACGGCGACAACAGGAACAUUGAAAAGAGCUUUUGCUAAAACGUGACCGAUUGUCACCCACGAAGAUCUCCGUCCAAGGACCCAAAGGUAGCGCGAAGCAACUUCGCGUGGGCCCUCGCACAAAGUGAUAUUCUUAACUAGAAUUAAUUCGUACGUAUACAAGACACGCGUUUCGUACCCGUAGAGUUUACCAACGUCAAAUUGACCCGUUAGAAAUCGAUAACCGCAGGCUACCACAGUUUGGUAAUCUCAUGACGCGGAAGUGUGUUCAAGGUUUUUCUGCUUUUAUGGUCAAACGACAAUAUUGCGGAUUGUAAAAUCGCUCGUGAAUGACACGUGUUCAUUGCACGAACAAGAGGAAAGAAAAACGAUUCGCAAAAUCACGCAACGGAGGAUAUACCGAGUGCGAACGCAUACGAUAGUGUAGUGUGAAACGGUGCGCGUGUGAAACCGGCACAAUAUGAGAGUGACAGCCGCUACCAGGCAGCAUCCUCUUCAUCUGCAAGUGACUCGUACCAACAAUGGAAAGUUCCUGGUUAGUCCGAACAAUAGUCAGGACAUCAGUCAGCAGCCGACGAACGACGAAGCGAACUCGGUGCCGCCAGUUGUCUUCCCUAGUUACGAACCGCUGCCUACCGAUCAUCAUGGACCCGCCAUACUUGGCGAUCGGUAUCUGCUUCUUGGCCCGGCCGAGGGUAGCGCUCUGUAUCGAUGCGUCGACGUGCACAGUGGUCAACAGCUCGUCGCGAAGGCGUUGACUGUGGGCGACAAAGGUUGCGAGGCGCUGUUACAAGCUCACCUUCGAUUAGAAGGCACCGGAGCGGCGAGCGGCGUGGCUGGCGUAGUGGAAGCAUCUGGAGGUCGACGCUAUCUCCUGCUGGAGGGCCACCACGGUGACCUGCACGCCUACGUAAGGGCACGCAGGAGGCUGCGAGAACCGGAGGCGAGGCGACUCUUCCGGCAGGCGGCCAGGGCCGUAGCUACGUGCCACGAGUACGGUGUGGUGCUCCGAGACCUGAAGCUCAGGAAGUUUGUUUUUGCCGACGAAGCAAGAACACGACUUCGACUUGAGAGUCUCGAGGAUGCAGUGAUCGUCGAAGACGAUGAUGACAAGUUGACCGAUCGUAGGGGUUGCCCGGCAUACGUCGCGCCGGAAGUCCUGCGAUCGGGUCGCGCAUAUUCUGGCAAAGCCGCCGAUAUCUGGUCCCUCGGCGUGCUGCUGUACACAAUGCUGGUGGGUCGUUAUCCGUUCAACGACGCCGAGCACGCAUCCUUGUUCGCGAAGAUCUCGCGUGGCCAAUUCGCGGUCCCCGAGUGUCUCAGCCCGCGCGCACGAUGUUUGAUCCGCUCGUUGCUGAGAAAGGAGCCAUCCGAAAGGCCGUACGCCGAGGACGUGCCUAGACAUCCGUGGUUGUCGAAACCGUUGCGUGUCUGCACAACGACCAGCAGAUCCUCAUGUCAGGAUCAAGUCGUACCAGAGCUACCUAACAAUCACCAAGACUGAUUCCUCCGGGAGACGGACGAAGAUUCCGCGCACGCUGCAACAAGCUUAUGGUCUUAAUCCUCUAUUUGGACGAGGGACAUCAGAAAUGCUAAGACAUAACUACCGGAGAUCAUCGUAAAUUCUGUUCGCCUGCAGGACGUUUUUGUCGUAAUACGUGGUACAGCUGGAAACUAACUACUGAAUUUGUUGUUAGCGUUUGGGACGCGCCAUCUUGAUAGCACUGAAAUUUGUUAACUUCUGCAUUUUUAUCGUUCAGCAUACUAUUUUAUUUUGUCAUGCUAUCUAAAACACCUACAUAGGUGAAAAACAUGUGGACUACUUUGUUGAGUGGAUGAUGUAACAGUAAAAACUAAGUUACUUUCUUAAAGGUUGAUAUUGUAAUUGAAGUGCUGCGCACUUUUUGAAAAUUCGAGAAAUUGUGGAAAUGAGCAAGUGUUAAAUUUCCAUUUUACCUUAUCACAUUAAAAACUCAACUUUAAAAAUUUGUUAGAACUAAAUGGUUCAGAAUAUCAAUUGCGCUAUAUAUUAGAUAUUCUCAUUGAGGAUAUCCCUGAAAAUUUUAGAUCAAUUAAACUAUUCGUUAUCUAAUUAAUGUAUAUAUAUUUAAUAAUGUAAAUUGAUCUAACUUUUUUCAAACCUUCAAGAUAUGUGGUGCUCAAAAAAAUUGAUUUUUUAAAAUCGCAAGAUGGUGUGUUUCCUGAAAAUUAUUGUUAGCAUUGAUCGAUUUCCUUAGUUUGUAUUCAUAAUAUUUCAUCUAAGGUUCAGAAUAAUUGGGCUGCAUGUUAACCCGUGAAAAGCGGACGCUUUUUACAUCUAUACAAUCAGGUCUGAUAAGAUCCAUUUAAAAUCUAAAUCUUUAUCAAACAUAUUUUUGAAGGUAGUCUUGAUCUUCUCACUUAACUAGAUAGCUAGCAGUUUAAAUUAUUUGUUCAGAGCUUAGCGAGUAGAUGAUAAUUUUAAAGCACACAUUAAAUGGACCCUAAUUCUGCCACUCAAGCGGUAAUUUUAACAUAAGCUUAACAAGUUUUUUAAAAGAUGAAACCUUAUAGAAAAAUUUUCCAGCAAAUAUAUAUAUACAUAUAUUUCUUAAGGCGAAACCGUUAAUUACAAAAAUGUCCUGUAUUGGCCUCUAGAACAUGAUGUUCCUUUGUAUGUUUGUAUGCUAGAAACUCUUCUAUGCUUCACCGAUCGAAUGGUUACCAAAUAAAGGGUUAAAUAUUAGCUGUCGCAUCGAGGGAUUGUCUGAUUCCGAAUCUUUAUUUUGUUUCGUCAACACGACAAUAGAAGACAGCCUAGGAUAAAAGCAGAUUUUGUUGGAAAACGUUAGGGAAGGUCUAAGGGGAGAUGAUCGUUGUUCCAAUUCUUUGUAAGCAAAGACCUGCGAGUAAGUUUGUUGCUGUUAACAAUAUCAAAUUGUAUAAUUCAUAAAAAAAACACGAUUCAUGUGUUUGAAAACAAUUUUCAUUGUUAUAGAAUCGUUUUUGUUCCGCAAAAAGCUCGCAUGUCUUUGUGUCUUAACUUUCAUAUAUUGAACUCGUUGAGAUGUUGAAUAUUGUCUUAUUAGGAGAACAUUUAAAUGUCAAUAAUAACGUAUAUACAUAAAUAGAUAUACAUACAUAUAACAAUAAGUUAAAGAACACGAUUUUGCUAACUCUUAAAAAAUGAUGAUAGUUCCAUUUCGCUUCUCAAAUCGUUAAUGAGUCGUAACGGUACAAUUUAAGGGAUGAUACAGUUACUAUUAUUUAUUACAUCAUGUAUGAACGUUAAGCAAACUUUUACAAACUUUUCUAUACCAGAAUUGCAACAACUGUCAACAGGCAGUUCAUUGUGUAAUUAAGUUUGUAUCGGUUUUUGUGUUCUGAAAAUGGUGACAACUUCAUGGGAUCAUUAUGGAGUCAAUAACCGGUAGAGAGAAAUUCUUGUUGAACGAUUACACCCUCUGAUCUUCGCUGAUGGUUUGAUUUGAAGAAAGUACCAAGUGUUCUUGUAUUUGAUAUCUAUACAAAUUAUUUUCUAACUUCGCGGACAUACAGUUAAGCGCAAGUUUAUCGAUUGCGUGUGACGAACAUGUGAGUGUAAGAGACUUUUCCUUUUUUCUUUUAUAUUUUCUAACGCGAUCCUCUGUGCGCCAGAAGCGGCCGUCCUGGCGCACAAUUCCUCGUAUCAUUUGAGUCAGGGUACAAUGGUGAGAGCGUUCACGUUGACGCUGAAAUGUAUAUAAGUUCAGUCCACUAAGUCCUACUAAAUCGUUAAUUAGAAAACAUUAAUAAGAUGUUCUGUACAUAGACAAAUAAAGUGGCGUUUAUGAUAAAAUCGUUGCUGAACUGCCUACGCAUUCUGAGUUCCUAUUCUGACCAUUUCAACGAACAGGUUGAAUUGAAUUACAAAUGAAUUGUAUCAUUUUAACAGUAAAUUUACCAUUUAAAGUGUCUGGUUGCCUUGUGUGAAUGACAAGAUUGAAUUUAUUCAGAUUUUAUGAAAUUUUUAUUACACGUGUUUGAAAAUGGAUUUAUUCAAUUAUUGCUCCUGAAUGCAUCUUUACAAUUUCAGUAAUUGUGAAAUCGAUAAUCUGGUGGUAGUUUUAAAAUUGGUAUGAAAUAUGCAUUUAUUACAUUUUGUUCCUGCUAUUAUAGAUUAAACCAUGUAUACAAUAAUAAAUUCGACACAAAUUAUA